CCUAGCGAGGCCUAGCGCCGUGGUGUAGCCUUAGGGCUGGAAACCCGCUGUGCCUGAAGUUUCGUGUCUACCUCCAACUACAACCCAAUAAUUGUUGAACUGGCGAGUACAAGAAUCUCGCCAGCUUCGGCGUAUAUACGCCUGUCGGCAAUCCAGCCGCUUGCCGCACAUGUAAAUGUGUAUGUGGCACACGCACACGGAGACAGCCGGAGCGAAGAUUUGACGAGAGAGACAAAAAGAUCGUGACACAGAUUGAGCUGGACCAUGGGCAGCAAGAUAGAGAGACGUGGUGGACAUCGGCAACCAAGCGGUGGUGAAAGGAAAGAGCCAACAUCCACGAGGAUAAAGCGCCGUGCCCACCGCGAAGCUAUCACCCUUUUCCCGCAUGACGACGUGUUCGGACGAGGAACCCUUCUACGCCUCUGGCAACACCGAUUCGUAUACCCUCGACCCCUUGGAGAUAUUGAACUGCUACAGGGUACUACCCAGUUACCGGGAAUCUGAGUAUGGGGUCAUUGGAACGCGACCGGAGAUUGCAUCGACGUUCUGUGCAAGGACGCCUUCGAGGACGAUGCGUCGACGAUCCAUCCCACCGCGGUCGGGCAAUGGGAUUGCAGAGAAACUACUGCUGGCGACUUCGACACGACCGACUACAUUUCGACAGGCCUCUGCGGCUGCGACUCCGAAACCUCCGAGACGCCGGCGUCUUCCUCCACCACCCUGCAGUCAUCUACCGAUGUCGGCACGACCUCAACGCCAGCACCUACAAUCUUGACCGCCACCCCAGAGCCUACUGCGUUGUCUACCGAAGGCACGCCCUCUACGCCGGCGCCUGUUUCCAUCACCCCGGAGCCUGCUCCCACUCCCACUCCCGGACCCCUAAUGCCCCCUACGCCGGCGCCUAUUUCGAACACCACCGCGGAGCCAACUGCAUUGUCUACCGCCCUUGACAUUCCCUCUACACCGGCGCCUAUUUUCGCCACCACCACUCCGGAGCCUACCGCGUUGUCUACCGAGCCCGAAGGCACGCCCUCUCCCACGAGGACUAUUGCCCCGUCCCCUUCUUCCGAUGGGAGGUCCACCAGUGCCGGUGGGCGUUGUAGGCGGCACUGUGGCCGGGGCGGUGGCGAUAGCAGCGAUGGGGGCCUUCAUGUGGCGCCGACGAUCCGCGAAGAAAAGGGACGACGUCCCACUGCCCGCUAG